AUGGCAGUUCCGUUCAUCACGAAUCAGUCCCGGUACCGGAGACCAAUGAGUCGGAAUAGAAACCAGGACCAGGACGCGGACGGUGACCUGUGGCUGUUCCAGUCACCAGAGUCCACAAAAGGAGCAGGAAGUAGUCGGAGUAGCGAUGAUAAGGAGUUGGAUGCAGAGCUCAUCGUUUGCCUGGAAACGUGUUGUAACGGAAAUACGUCACCUCAUACCUGCUGUCUCAGUACAUGUGACCGAUUCACUAUUAAUGUCAGCGGUCAGUACUAUGAGCUCUGGGCUACAAUAGUCAACCGUCAUCCCACAACCCUUCUCGGCAAUCCUAGAAAACGAUUAAAAUAUUUCGAUAAAAGGAGAAACGAAUUUUUCUUUGAUCGUCACAGACCUACAUUUGAAUCCAUAUUCAAUUACUAUAUGUAUGGCGGGAAAAUCAGGAGACCAGAUCCUGUCCCGGACGAUAUAUUCCUAAGGGAGUUGGACUUCUAUGAAAUCGAAAAGGAAGUUGUAGACCUAUACAAAGACGAAGAGGGCUACAUCCAGGAGAAAAUGGAGCUUCCGGAAAACAAAUGGAAACGAAAGAUUUGGAUGCUGAUGGAAUAUCCGGAAACAUCGCCUUUCGCUUACGUCGUUGCAAUUGUGUCGGUUAUCAUUACAUUAUUAUCAAUUGUUUUGUUCUGUGUUGAAACCUUACCCGGUCUUUCAGGAAAUGAUUGCAUAGAUGGACGGCCCAAUUUCAUGGAACCCUUUUUCAUAAUGGAAACGGUAUGUACCAUAUGGUUCACACUUGAAGUGGUUGUUCGUCUUUUCUCGUGCCCAAGUAAAAUCAAAUAUUUCAAAGACUUCAAAAAUAUUGUCGACAUCACUGCUAUUGUCCCAUAUUACGUUUCCCUGUCAAAUCUCUUGGCACCGGAUGGUUGCAAUAAUGCUAGUUCUGGUGCUUCGCUCGCCUUUCUCAGGGUGGUGAGAUUAGUGAGAAUAUUCAAAUUGACCAAACAUUCGGCGGGUUUACAGGUGUUGAUUUUGACGUUCAAAGCGAGUAUACAAGGUCUAAUGUUAUUUCUAGUGGCCAUGGUGGUGUGUGUGCUUCUUUUCUCCAGUGCGAUAUAUUAUGCAGAACACGGAAUCCCAGAAGCACAAAUCAAGAGUAUUCCUGACGGGUUUUGGUGGGCCGUCAUCACGAUGUGUACUGUAGGAUAUGGGGACAAGGUCCCUGUUGGUCCUCUUGGCAAAAUUAUAGGGAGCGUAUGUGCUUUAGCUGGUGUGCUCACUCUAGCCAUACCGGUACCAAUUAUUACGGAAAACUUCAACAAAUUCUAUGCACAUAAAACCGGUAGAUUAAGGAUGUAG